UAAAACCCUGGAGUUAACCACUGGGCAAUGGGAGCCAUUAAAAGUUUUUGAGGAAGAGAAAGAUAAAGCGUUCUUCAGCAGCAAUGGAGCUGGAAACUUUGCAGUUUUAUCCUUGAAUGUUACCCACUGCAGAAACCAGCAAACUGAGGAGUAAUGUUUUCGACUGAAGGAAAGGAAAAGGGGAGAGAAGGAGGGAGGUUGAAAAACGAGAGUGGAGUGAAUUAACUAGAGGACUAUAGAAAUGAAAAGUGCUCCUGGUGGGAAGUGGUGGAAAGGAGGUCUUCCCUGAUUCCUCAUUCCGGAGACAGCCCAGGGACUAAACUCGAACCAUAACCUACCUUUUCCCAAUUUUACGACUUCCCCAUUUUAAGUUUCCACCUCCGUGGAGGGCUCCAUUUAACUUCUAGACUGUGCUUUUGGCCAGUGAGGAGUAAGCGUAGGGCAUUAGGACCCAGCGAUUGUUGUAGUGAGAGAGGUUGAAUCUCAAUGUCUCAAUUUUUCUCCCGAGCUCCCUCCUCUUCCUUUGUCAUUCUAGCUGCCUGCUGCCUCCGCAGCAUCCCUCUAGCUUUCCUUCCUUCUAGCUCUCCCUGUGCUAACUGUCUGCGCCUUAGACAGAGUGCGCAAAGCCGAAGGAUUGGUUGGGACCUGCCUUGGUAACCCCAUGGCGUCCCCCAGAACCGUAACUGUCGUGGCCCUCUCAGUGGCCCUGGGACUCUUCUUUGUUUUCAUGGGAACUAUCAAGUUGACCCCCAGGCUCAGCAAGGAUGCCUACAGUGAGAUGAAACGUGCUUACAAGAGCUAUGUCCGAGCCCUCCCUCUGCUGAAGAAAAUGGGGAUCAAUUCCAUUCUCCUCCGCAAAAGCAUUGGUGCUCUUGAGGUGGCCUGUGGCAUUGUCAUGACCCUUGUGCCUGGGCGUCCCAAAGAUGUGGCCAACUUCUUCCUACUCUUGCUCGUGUUGGCUGUGCUCUUCUUCCAUCAGCUAGUUGGUGAUCCUCUCAAACGCUACGCCCAUGCUCUGGUGUUUGGAAUCCUGCUCACCUGCCGCCUGUUGAUUGCUCGCAAGCCAGAAGACCGGUCUUCUGAGAAGAAGCCCUCACCACCACCAGGGCAAGCAGGGAAUUCCGGGAAUGCAGAGGAGCAGUCCUCCUUAUAUGAGAAGGCCCCUCAGGGCAAAAUGAAGUUAUCAUAGGAAAGCAAAAGUUCAAAAAGUGGACCUUCCAGGCAGUUGCCUCCAUCACACCCAGGAAGAUGUCAGUGUGUGUUUUUCAUUUGAUUUAUUUAUCUUGAGGGAAAGGAAAAAAUAUAAUCUGCAAGUUAAUGGCCCUAUUGGCUUGUGUACACCUAUACCCUAAAAUGACCUCCCCACAUAGACAUAGUGCACCAUCUUUAAUCACUCCGGGGAAAUUCUCACAUCUUGCUGCAUGCACAUGUAUAUGGCUAACUAUUGAAGUGUAUUUGUGAGAUGGACUCCAGCAAGCAUGUGACUGUAAGACUAUAUGUGGGAAAAUGUAUUCACUGUGUGUGUGUGUGUGUGUGUGUGUGUGUGUGUGUGUGCGCGCGCGCGCGUGCAUGCAGGUGCGAGGAGAAGGCUCUGAUCUUAAACUAAUCCUGCACAGGUAUCCUUCCCUUUAUAGACUGAUUCUAGUAAGGGCAGAAUAAAAUAAACCUCCUAUAAAGAGAAUCCUACUUACUUCUGGUAUAAAUCAAGUGAUAUGUUUCUGUGGCAUGAGGGAAUUUCUCUCAAUAGAUUAAGCUGAGAACCAAUUUAUCACUUUAGGAAAAAGUUCCUUCAAUGAGACACUGAGUUAUACUGACUAGCCUCCACUGUAACAGUUGUUGAAAUUUUAAAUACUCUAUAUUCAGUUUAAUUAAAAGAAGGGAUAUAUGCAGUCCA